AUGACACACGUGACAUCCAAAUCAUUGGGGCCGUACGUGACCAGCAAGAACCCUAGUUGUCCUGUUCUAACUAUAAAUCGUGGAUAUCGUCACGGCAACCAGAUGCGGACCCCCCAAUAUAGACCGAGGGCUUGCUGUAAAAACAAAUUUGUACAUGAAUUUACUUUGAUAAACAUUUGGCGUAGAGGGUACAUUAGGAAAAACAUUGAAGAAAAACUAAAUAGACGCGUUUCGACAUCCGAGGAGGGGUGGUCGACUCCACGAAAGGGGGAAGCGGGUAAAACUAUAAAUUGUCCUUUAAUUACCCCGGGGCAGCGUCACAUCAUGGGCCCAGACAGUUUUAUGACGAUUUACGGCACAUUUCGACGCGGGGCCCGGCCCGCUUUGGGAUUGCAAGCGCCCUAUCUACCUUGGUCCUCCGACCCCGUCUUGACACCUAAAUUUCUAGAA